AUGUCUGGCGACGACACACCGCAGCGGGUCGACAAGGGCAAGCAGCGGGCGAUAUUGCCAGAAGUCGACGAGCGCGCGCCGCUCCUGGGCGGGCCUUCGUCGCGGCGUAUCGACGGCGAGCACGACGACAAUGCCCACCGCAGCCGGCGCACGAUCUGGUCAACGCUUUGCGCAGUCUUUAGCGUUUCCUUCUUGCUUUGUGUCCUGAUCUUCCUGGCGCUGGUGGCUUGGUCGUACCGGGCGAGAGCGCAGAACCUCACGCCGGAGGACGUCAUCCACCGCGGGCUGCGCGUGCAGGGCCCGGACCGCGUCGACGUGCUGAACAUCACCGCGGGGGAGGGGAUAUGGGUGCGCGUGGACGGGCGCGUAGGCUUGGACGCCGGGGCGCUCGUCGAUGCGCAGGCGGACGAGGAGCGGGACGGGUUCUACGACUAUGUGAGGAAGGGGGUCGGGCGCUGGGGGAUACGCAGGCUCCGGAAGGUGACGGUCGACUCCAUGACUGCUGAGAUGACGACGCAGCUGGGGCACCGCGACCCGGUGGUGCUAGCGACGAUGACGAUAGCCCCGGUCGAGGUGCCGCUGACGGUCAGCCCGCCGACACGGGACUUGUCGUGGCUCACGAACGUCUCGAUCCCCAUCCUCAUCCAGCCGACGUCGAACGGGUCCGCGUUGCUCGACUUUGCGCGACAUAGCUGGAGGGAAGGGUUUGUGAAUGUCCGCGCGGCUGUGAACCGAGUUCAGGUGCACGGCGGCGGGCUGGACGACAACAGCUGGCGCAGCCGGUUCCGGAUGGACAGACCCAACGUCCGCGUCGAUGUGCGGAAGAGGAUACCGGAGCUCCCUGGGCUGCCACCACCUGGUCGGCACUUACCCGCCCUGGAGGAGUUGGUGACGCUGAAGACGUUCGGCGUGUCCUCCGGCAAAGAGAGUCUACUCCUGAAUGCAGUGGCGACGGCGGUCAACCCCGUGCCGUCAAACGUGCACUUUGCGUCCCCGCCUGAAUUACCGUUUACGAUAUCACUCGUCUCUACGGAACACAACCGGAGCACGUCCGUCCCCGUCGCCUUUGUCCACACUGAGCCGUUCACGCUCACCCACCCGAACAUCACGCUCGCUGUCUCGGGCUCCGUCCUCCGCUUGCCUUCCUCCGUCUCGCCACUCCUCUCCGCCUUCCUCUCGCGCUACCUCUCCGGCGAACGGAACCCCAUCCAACUAUCCACGCCGCUAUUCCCGGGGCUAGACGUCGACACCUUCUUCCCCGCGCCGCAUCCGCGCCCGCAGAUCCUGCGCGACGUGACGAUCCGCGACAUGAAGAUCAAGCCGUCGGGCCCGGGGGGCAACCAGAUAUCCGCGAGCGGGACGGUGUUCGCGCGCGCGGUGCUGCCCAGGGGCAUCGACGUGCGCCUCGAGGUGAACCGCGUCUGGCCGGAUGUGCUGGUGUACGACGGCGAGGUCCCGGAUGUGGACUAUGGGGAUGCACCGCCGGUGCCGUUGCCGGAGGGCGCGUUUGCGCACAUCAAGCCCGAGGACUGGUUGGUGUCGGAGAGCGUUGAGGAGGAGCCUGGGAACGAGGGCUCGGUUGUUGCUGUGACUGCGCAGAUCGAGGACGUGCCGCUGGAAGUGCUCCCUGGGCGCGAGAAAGAAUUUAGUCAUUUCGUAUCGAAGGUCAUUUGGGGCCCGGGAGGAGCCUUGGCUGGCGUGCAGGGCGUGGCUGCUGUCGGGGUGCGCGUGCAUGGGCUGCCGUUCUCCAAUGGUACGGGACAAGACAAGGAGAUGGAGCUGACCGACCUGCCUUUCCGCGGGACAGUGAGGAUUGGUAAGAAAGGACUGUGAUCUUGCUGAGAUUGGCGUUGUACAUUUUUGUCUGUAUCGUUGUGUAUAAUGUAUCUUACCUGGUUGUGGUAGACAUGUACUAAAUCAUGCAGUCUGCAUUUGUUUAUGUC